AUGGGCAUUCCGACUGAUAUCGUGCUGUACACGGCCGCCACGCCCAACGGCAUCAAGGUGUCGAUUCUGCUGGAGGAGCUGGGCCUGGAGUACAAGAUCCGCUCCAUCGACCUGGGCAAGAACGAGCAAAAGGAGCAGUGGUUCCUCGACAUCAACCCCAACGGCCGCAUCCCCGCCAUCACGGACACCUGGACCGACGGCACGCCUCUCCGCGUCUUUGAGAGCGGCGCGAUCCUGCAGUAUCUCGUGGACCGGUAUGACAAGGACCACAAGGUUUCGUAUCCGCGGGACUCGAAGGAGACGUGGGAGGUGAACAGCUGGCUUCAUUGGCAAAUGGGUGGCCUGGGGCCGAUGCAGGGACAGGCAAAUCACUUUAACCGAUACGCCCCUGAAAAGAUCCAGUACGGCAUCGACCGCUACACCAACGAGACGCGCCGCCUGUACUCCGUCCUGGACACGCAGCUGGCCAAGUCCGCCUCUGGCUACCUCGUCGGCGACCGCGUGACGAUUGCCGACAUUGCCUCCUGGGGCUGGGUCGCCUCUCACGCCUGGGCGGGCGUCUCGCUGGCAGAGUUCCCUCACCUGGAAAAGUGGCUGCACGCGCUGCUGGAGAGGCCCGGGUUCGAGCAGGGCCGCCACGUGCCGAAGCCGCAUACUGCGUUUGAGCUGGCCAAGUUGAGUCCCGAGGAGAUGGACAAGAAGGCGGAGGAGACGAGGAGGUGGAUCCAGGAGAGCAUGAAGGCGGAGGCGAAGAAGUGA